CCAGCCGCUCCCGGAGCGGACGUGACGCGCGGGCCGCUCCGGGGCCGCCCCGCAGCGAUGGAGGCGCGGGAGCCGCUGCGGGACGUGCGCGGGGCGCUGCGGGCGGUGCUGGCGCGGCUGCGAGAGGGAGAGCCGGGCGAGGGCCGAGAGCCGUUCGAGCUGCCGCGCUUCUGGGACGCGCUAGGUCAGACAUUCCAAGUGACAUCACAGGAGGCUACAAAGCUGAGUCUGGCAUUCUCAAGGCCUCCACUACCUUCUGCAGAGAACUGCCGGAAGCUGAGUGAGGACGUCCAAAAUGCCAUCCUUGCAGUUGCCACGGUGUAUUACUGGCUACCAAAGGGCCAAGGUACUACUCUUCGGAAGAUGGUUCGAGAUGCUACCACUGAAGUAGUGGAAGGGAUGAUCCAACUCACAGACACAAUUCUCAAUGCCCCAGUGGAGAGCUUGUCUCAGGAACAGCUAAUAUCAACUGGAGGUGUGUGGGAGGCCUGUGAGCAAGUGUCUAACCUGCCAAGAGAUAACCAGGCAGCAGUUGUGUCGGCUCUGGCUGCAUGUCUAGGUGUGGUCAAGGAUGCUGUGGAGGAGAUGGAACAUGCACUGGUGGAAGGGCAGGAUCCCUAUGGGGACAUCAUGGAAGAUGAAGAGCUGGGCUUUCGGGGCAACAGAGACACGUAUUGGUCAGAGGCUGACCGGCAGCUGCUCAGCUCCUGCAUGGGAUUGAUGAAGGCUUCUAAAGCUUGCCUGAAGAAGGUCUUGACUGCAGUGAAGGCCCAUGGCAAAGCUGAUUCUCCAGAGCACAUUGCACAGCUGGAUGACGUGGCAGACAUUGCUAAUGAGAUCAGCCCAAGUGUUGAUGAGCUGGCACUGAGCAUGUACCCACCUGUGAACCCGUUGGCUGUGCGACUUAACGCUGCUAAGUUGGCCUCAGUAUUAAAGAAAGUCUUAGAGAUUGCAAAGACAAGCCAUGUAUGUCCACCAUCAGAGGAAGGCUGGGUGCAGUUUCUAACUGGUGCAGUGGAUCACAACAUGAACAAAGUCAAGAACUUCACACAGGGUCAACUUUAACUCUUCUGUGCCUACGAGUGUUGCUGCCACUGGGUCUGGCAUCUGCAUUUCCAGUGAACUUUGCUGUUCUUCAGCUGUUUGGAAAAUGAUGAGAACAAUAUAGGAGAGAACUUCACUGCUACUUGGAAGAAAUUCUCCAGGAAGUUGCCCUUUGCCAUGGCAGAAGGUGUCAUUUUGCUUGGAUUCUUGGGGGGAAUGCAGUGCUGCUUCUUAACAUGCCCCAUUCUUCAGACAUUACAACUACUGUGGGGUUCAGAGAAAAAUAAAAUAUUGCUAGAUUUA